AUGUUGUGCAUUCUGUUUGGUUACCCUGAUGUACUGAUGCAAGAGGGUGCGGAGAACUGUACCAGAGCAGGCUGCACCCACCGAUGUGCGGUCACCAAUGCCGGGGUGAGCUGUUACUGCAACAAUUCAUACGCGCUGGCAGAGGACGGCAAAUCAUGCAGAGAUUUUGACGAGUGCACGGUGUAUGGGACGUGCAGCCAGACCUGCAUUAACACCGAUGGGUCGUACUCCUGCAGCUGUGUCGAGGGCUACCUCUUGCAGCCAGACAACAAAUCCUGCAAGGCCAAGAAUGAGCCAGUGGACAGGCCGCCGAUCCUCCUCAUUGCCAAUUCCCAGAGCAUCAUGGCCACCAACCUGCAGGGAGCCGGCAUCAGCUACAUUAACCCCAUCAGCACCAAGCAGACCACCGCCAUGGAUUUUAUUUACGCUGAGGAGACCGUCUGCUGGGUCUAUGUGGGAGACGCUGCUGCGGAAACCUGCCUCAAGUGUGCCAAGAUCACUAAACUGAAGGGCUUUACCGAUGAGAGGGUCAUUAAUAUCUCACUCAGUAUCCACCGUGAGUAUCUCCCAGUGCUCACAGUCCCUCAGGAG